AUGGAUAGUCCGGACUCGAAAUACAAUGGCGCUGAAAGAAAUACCUUUCUAUCAAGAGUUUUUGGACCCCAUUCCGCCGUGGGAAACUCAUUGGGCAACACCGAGAUAACACAAACUCCUCCAGCAAGUGAGCGUUCCAUCACAGCUCAUAACGAUCUAGGAAUCAUCGAAUCCGAUCAAGAUAGCUCUUCUUCGGAGGAUGCAGAUGCUUAUGAUCGCGAUCAGGACAGAGUGCGACCUUUCGAAGGCAUUCAAAGUGUGGUUUUGGAUCCUGAUUCUGAGGCAGAGAACUCUAGCGAUAAUAUCAGUGCAACUAGUUCGAUACCAAAGGUUGGCCAGGGUGAAGCAAGUGAUGAAAGCGACUUCCGCGAGCCACCCAACGUUGGCCAAUAUAAUCAAAAUCAUAGUCGUGAUGCUAACGAAACUUCACCACACAACGGCCUUUUGCAAUCGAUGGAUUUCAAAAGUCAGUCUCCUGUACCGGCUGGUCCGUCAACAGAGCUUGAAAAUAAAAAUACAACUCACACUGCGUGGAAAAACACAUUUGUGGGAAACCGAAGAAACUUUUUACAAUUCAAAGAAACUAGACCCGCAGAUCAAGAGGAAAGUUUCCUCUUUCGAAAACCUUCAGUAUGGGACGAAGAAAACCAAAUUCGUACCAAACCUCAAACCAGUGUCCCUCGCGUUUUCAAUAACUUUUCGAACGUCACACGCACACCAACUAACAGGCUGAAUACGUUAAGCCCUCGCGAACGGGCUUUGUGGAAAUGGGCAAAUGUCGAAAAUCUUGAUUUGUUUUUGCAAGAAGUCUACGACUACUACCUAGGGAAUGGCUUUUAUUGCAUUUGCAUCGAGAAAGUCCUCAACAUUGCUACACUCCUUUUUGUCGUACUAGUAUCGACCUAUCUGGGUUGUUGCAUCGACUAUUCUAAGCUAUCUACCAGCCAUAAAAUUUCUGAUAUUCAAAUUCCACAAUGUUACAAAACUCAAAUAACGGGCGCUUCCAAAGUUCUGCUGUGGGGAUUCUACAUCUUUGUAGGGCUGAAGGUUCUGCAAUUCUAUUUCGACCUAAAAGCGCUACGAGAUAUCCGCAACUUCUACACUUACCUACUUGAAAUUCCUGACAAGGAAUUACAGACCAUUGCCUGGCAGAAUGUCAUAAAGCAGAUAAUGGUCUUGAAGGAUCAAAACGCUGUCACUGCUAAUGUCGUUGAGGUGAAAGCCAAGAACCGCAUUGAUGCUCAUGACGUUGCAAAUCGCAUUAUGCGAAAAGAAAACUAUCUGAUCGCCCUCUUCAAUAAUGAUAUCCUUGACUUGUCCCUUCCCAUCCCUCUGUACAGAACAAGCACGUUGACCAAAACGCUGGAAUGGAACCUCAAUCUGUGUAUAAUGGGAUUUGCAUUUAAUGAAGCAGGAUACUUGAAGCAAAGCUUCUUGAAGCCGUCACAGAGGGGAUACCUGGAAGAGGAAUUACGCAAAAGAUUCAUGCUAGCGGGAUUUCUGAACAUUAUACUCUCUCCUUUCUUGGUAGCGUAUUUUGUCCUGCUGUACUUUUUUCGCUACUUCAAUGAGUAUAAGACCAGUCCUAGUGCGCUGAGUUCGCGGCAAUAUACGCCGAUUGCGGAGUGGAGAUUCAGAGAAUACAAUGAGCUCUAUCAUUUGUUUCAAAAACGGCUGGGACUCAGCGUUGAGCUCGCUAACGAAUACAUUGACCAGUUUCCUAAGGAGAAAACCAACCUGAUCAUGAAAUUUGUGGCGUUCGUUUCGGGUUCUUUCGUAGCAGUGCUCGGUAUAAUGACCGUUUUCGACCCUGAAAACUUCUUAAACUUUGAGCUUACGCACGACAGAUCUGUUUUGUUUUACAUCAGCGUGUUUGGUACUCUUUGGGCGGUUUGUCGAAGCUCGGUAUCCAAUGAGUACAAAGUGUUUGAUCCUGAAGUCACACUAAAAGAAGUCGUGGGCUAUCUUCAUUUCAAUCCAAAAGAUUGGGAGGGAAGGUACCACACUGAAGAAGUCAAACAAGAAUUCUGCAAGCUUUUCAACCUGCGUGUCGUUUUGCUAUUGCGAGAACUGGCUAGUUUGAUAAUGACGCCCUUCAUUCUUUGGUUCUCUCUGCCAAAAUCUUCUGGUAAAAUAGUGGACUUCAUUCGGGAUGUUUCAGUGUAUGUUGACGGACUAGGUUAUGUUUGCAAAUAUGCCACGUUCGAAGUUCAAAAACAUCGUCAUGGGUCGAUAAAGAAAUCAAUAUCUCACGCGACAGAAGAUACUCGGCAAACAGGGACUGCAUUCAGAGCUGCGAAAGACGACGAGUCCUCUGAAUCAGAAAGUGAGGAUGACAACAGCAUGGGUAAAAUGAUGCGGUCUUACAUGUACUUCCUGGAUAGCUAUCAAAACAAUGAUAAUGCUGUGGGGAAGCACCAGCUGCCUAAAAGUCAUGUUGCUAUUGGUCAUGCGACACUUCCGACCACCAAUUACUCUUGGAAGAGACAGUUCCAGCCGGGUCAACGCCCAGAAGACUUUCGGCUUGGACUCGAGAAAAAAGCUAACUAUAGCACAAGUCAUAACCCCCGAACAUCGCGAUUGAAAGCGAAGCUGCGUAACGAAGAUGCUGGCGUCGGAAGGCUGCGCGGGAAGUUUGACAGUGACUUGGGCGAGUCUUUCAUUAAUUCCAUUCCGUUAGGUGAGUAUAGCAACAUCGAUGGAUCUGAGGAUAAGGCGGGUAAAAAUGGAGUGCUGGGGCUUCUAAAUCAAUAUUACAAAAGUUCAGACGUCGGUAGAUAG